AUGUACCCGAAACUGCGCUCGGACUUUGUCUCGAUACGCGGCCGGGUUGACGCUGUGACCGUGCUCUGGAUCAACCACGAGUACAAGGUUGCGACCAACUUGAUGAUCAUCAAGUGGCCGACUUCACCGGCGACGCGCGCUGAGGUGUGA